GUGGUCAAUAAUUCAUCCUGAGGAAGACCAUCCGCUACCACAGAAACCUGAAACAACUUCUUCACCCAGGGUAGUUGCAACAGGCCCUCCAACUGCUGAUGCUAAUGUAAGCCAGCUGAAAACCUUGCAGCUCCCCAGUCCUCCGGAAUAUGUUCUGUACACCGACAGUGAGUUGGAGCAAUGCCGAAAGAGUUACCUGGAGUUGGCCUGCUCCGGCAGGGAACAGGCAUGCGUCAUGUCAAAAGAACUGAGAUGCAGAUUGGUGAGAAAUACAAUCACAAGUAUGGUGUCCCUUUUGAGAGCAAGCCAAGGCCAAAUGGAGCGAUACCCCUCUAAGACCGAAAUCACUGCAAUGGCUAAAAAAGUUGUGGAAUAUUAUCCUAUGCUGCAGGAUAAUGAUGCAAGCGUAAAACACGAGAGCAUUAAUGCCAAGUUACAAAAAAGGCUGCAAAAUAUGAAAACCCCAGUAAAAAGGCAAGGACCAACACCGGAGAGGGGACGGCCCAAGAGAAGUCUCACUGACCUCUACCCAAGGGAUGAAGAAGCUGAUGAUGAAGAUGCUGAUCGCAGUUCUUCCAGUGGUGCAUCUACUCUGUUAGCACCUGUCAGAAAUUCUGACAAUGCCUCCACUUCAUCUGACAAGGAUAGUCGGCAAAUACAAGCAAGACAUUACAAAACAUUACAAGAAAUGUGUAAGAAGGCAAAACCAAACCAUGAAGAUGUGUCCCAGCUAUUAGACCUCGAGUUUGAAGCCAGAAGAUCCUUCAUUGACUCAGACACCAUGAAAGAGGAGAACAGAGCUUGCCUCAUCUUGGAUGCAUAUCCAUGCUUUAAAGAAUUGCAUCAUGCGUUGGGUGAGCUUCGCAGAAUUUUGGAUCCCCACAACAACAAGUUCAUCAGUCAAGUAAAACUGAGAUGGGAAGAAUUCUGCUCCAGGGUAGAGUUCUACGGUGUGUCAAAGAAGGCAAUGAAUCCACCAAUGACCAUGGACAAAACUGAAGCCCACCUUGCACUGAUGAAGGCUCUUCCAACCCUCUUUCCCACACCUGCCCAUCCACCAAAAAAGAUGGGGAAUGCUUCUGAAGCAUUUCUACAUGUCCUGAAGCCUACAGAAGAUCCAGAUGCUGUCCUCCAGAAACGAAGCUUGUCAUGUCCAGUAGUGAUGUUCGAUGGCUGCAAGUGUGUCAUUGCUGUUGGUAAUUUACCAGUUACAACAUUUGACAAAGAAAAAAUUGGUGAGGCUAUGAUAUAUGUGAUGGCAUACUUUUAUGCACUCCAUCUGACUUACCCCAAAUGCGUGGCAACCCUGCUGUCUGUCAUUCAGACAGAAGUUCUCCAGGAUGCCAUUCAUGAGCAUGACACUACAUCAUCUUACAGAAAAGCCCUGGCAGAAUGGCAUGCAUUUAUUGGAAAGUAGUGUGUAAAUUUCAGAUAAGAUUAGGAGAGGGCACUUCUGUUUUGUUUUUGUUUGUUUUUUUCAAUCUGGGUCUUAUUUCUAAAAUGGAAAAUGUUCAUUUACUCACCCAGACAAGUUUUGUGGUAUUUGGUGUCAUUCGGAAGAAAUUUGAAUCUUUGUGGUCUUCCUAUGUCACUCGUCAAUUUUAAUGGGGCAAUGGCGAAACCUCUAAGGCUGUUGAAAUGUUGAAACCACUUAAACAAACUCAUAAUGUUGGACCUGUACUGUUCAAUUGUAUCUUUAUUAUCUGCAGGUUAUUGUUAAAGUGGACAAAUAAAGAUGGACACUUUUA